AUGGACCCUGCCGAUAGCGAGCAUACGGCAUUCAUCACCGACCGCGGGUUGCACUGUUACAAUGUCAUGCCUUUCGGCUUGAAGAAUGCGGGGGCAACGUAUCAACGGCUCGUCAAUCGGAUUUUUGCUAAACACAUCGGCGGCAUUAUGGAGGUGUAUGUCGAUGACAUGUUGGUAAAAAGCCGAACGGCAGGGGGGCAUCUGGAAAACUUAGCCCUCAUGUUCGGUAUACUUAAGGACUACCGAAUGAGGUUGAACCCAACGAAGUGCGCCUUCGAUGUAUCUUCGGGGAAAUUUCUCUUAUUCAUGAUCAGCCAGCGAGGAAUCGAAGCCAAUCCCGAGAAAAUCAAAGCCAUAAUCGACAUGAAAACGCCGAAAACGCAGAAAGACAUUCAAAGCCUUGCCGGACGUGUCGCUACCUUAACGCGUUUCAUCUCCAAAGCCACCGAUAAAUGCGUACCGUUCUUCAAAGUCUUGAAAGGGGGCAAACAUCAUAUCGCGUGGACUCUCGAAUGCGACCAAGCAUUUUAA